AUGUCACUAGCAAGUGCGUCCAGAAAAAUAAAUUCUAAUGGUGAAGGUCAUCGACCUGAUUUCAUGUUCACUAUUGAUCUUAAUGGAAAUGACAAAUUUGAAAUCGUGUUUGGUCUUUUUAAGUCACCAAGCAAAGCCAAUUCACAAUUAGUAAAUAUUGUUUUGGUUAAUUUGGGAGUUCUUAUGAAAGACUCUCUUGAUAAUAUAUAUAAUAAAGGAGUCGAAUUAGAAAUAGUUAAUUUAUACAAUGGAUCUGUCAUAGAUCUGUCAUAUGAUGGCGUAUAUAGAAUGUUUUUAUUGGGGGAAUUUGAAUUGCCAAGAAGCAAUCUUAGUUACUGUUUGAGAUUGGUAGAAGAGUUUAUUGAGAGGUUUUCGCGUUAUAGAUUGACCACUUUCAACAGAAAUAAGACAACUCCAACAAGAAAAAUGCAGAUGAUUAGAAAAACAUUGGAAACUCCAAAAAAAGCAGGAUUUAUUUUAUUUUGA